AUGGAACAAAAAAUUCCUCUUGAGCCAGUCUUUCCGCGUCAACAUCGUUUAUUCGAAUAUGAACCAACUUAUCCGUGGGUUCGGUAUGUUGUCGCUACAGUUGCAGUUGCCUCAAUCGUCGGCAUCGUAAUCUUAGUCUUAAUGUUGGCUCUUCCGAUCAGUAUGCUUGUCAUCGGAGUUCGAUAUCGUGAUUUUUAUUAUUGUCCGAUCGAACCACGUAUUAGUACGUUUUUAAUUGUUGCUGGCUCGGUAUCGAUUACUUGGAUUGUCCUUUCGAUUAUUUUAUCGAUAAUGACGAUGUUUUUUUCAUAUACACGUUCAAUGAUCACAUUGAUUUGUGCCGUUGUUCUUAGUUUAGUUAUUUUCGGAUUACAGAUCUUUUCGUUUAUUUGGUUGAUUAUUGGAAGCGCGUGGACAUUUAGUAUUAAGAAUCGUGUUGAACACGUCAUUAAUUAUCCAUUUAAUCUUCCGUUUUAUUGCCAACGAACGCUGUAUCAAUUUACUUUUGCGUAUUUGAUUAUUAUUUAUAUUCUUAUGGCAUUGCAAUGUUGUGGACAAUGUUUUAUGAGUUUUCUUCGUUUAAAACAACGAAACUGA